AUGGCCGACCCCAAGGCGCAGGAUGCCAUCACCCCGGUGGAAGCGCCUCCAGACUACAAAUACCCCAACUCGUUACCACCCUCCAAUGCGUCAAUGGAGAAGGUCAUUGAGAAUGCAAAGGCCGCUACAAGUAAAGAGCAGUCCAUGACUUUGCUCCAGGGUAUCAAGUUGUACCCCAAGGCCGUUAUGUGGAGCGUGCUCAUCUCAACUUGCAUUGCCAUGGAGGGUUACGACAUCAGUUUGGUCAAUAACUUCUACGCCUUCCCCCAAUUCAAUCGCAAGUAUGGUCAGAUGCUGGCCGAUGGCACAUACCAAGUUUCUGCAUCGUGGCAAGCAGGUCUGAGCAACGGUGCUUACUGUGGUGAAAUCAUCGGUCUGUUUAUCAACGGUUGGGCAUCCGAACGCUUCGGUUAUCGGUACACUAUCAUGGCCUGUCUCAUCCUCGUCAGCGCUUGGACAACUAUUUUCUUCACGGCUCAGAAUGUGCAGUCCCUGCUCGCGGCAGAGAUUCUUUGUGGUAUUCCUUGGGGUGUCUUCCAGACUUUGACUAUCACAUACGCCUCUGAGGUUUGCCCCGUGGCUCUGCGAGGCUAUUUGACAACAUAUGUCAAUUUCUGCUGGGGUCUUGGUCAGCUUAUCGGCAUCGGUGUCAUCAAGGGCAUGUUGAACCGGAAUGACGAAUGGGCUUACCGAAUUCCCUAUGGACUUCAAUGGAUGUGGCCCCUGCCUCUCUUCAUUGGGAUUUGGCUUGCGCCAGAGUCCCCGUGGUGGCUAGUACGCAAAGGCCGGACCGAGGAUGCGAAGCGUUCGCUUGAGCGAUUGACCAGCAAAGGUACCGAUUUGGAAUUCGAUCCAGAAGAGACCGUUGCCAUGAUGGUGCACACUACUGCCCUUGAAGCCAAGAUCACCAACGGUGCCAGCUAUCUCGACUGUUUCCGGGGUACCGACCUCCGCCGCACCGAAAUUGUCUGCAUGGUCUGGGCCAUCCAAAACCUUAGCGGCAACUCCUUCUCCAACUACUCCACCUACUUCCUGGAACAAGCCGGCCUGAGCUCCAGCAACUCCUACGCCUUCGCCAUGGGCCAAUACGGCAUCAACAUGGUCGGCGUCUUCGGCGCCUGGUUCCUCAUGACCCUCGGUAUCGGCCGCCGAACCCUAUGCCUCUACGGCCUUUGCGGCCUUUGCACAAUGCUCCUCAUCAUGGGUUUCCUUGGCCUGGUCCCAGAAGACCACAAAGACCAAGCCUCCCUAGCAACCGGCGCCAUGAUGUUAAUCUGGGCCCUAUUCUACCAACUCACAGUCGGAACGGUGUGCUACUCCCUCGUCGCCGAACUCUCCACCCGCCGCCUCCAAAUUAAAACCGUCGUCUUAGGACGCAAUCUGUACAACAUCGUCGCCAUCGUCUGCGGCGUCCUAACACCCUACAUGCUCAACCCCAGCGCCUGGGACUGGGGCAACUACGCCGGUUUCUUCUGGGGCGGAAUCUGCUUUCUUUGCAUUAUCUACACAUACUUUCGCGUCCCCGAGCCGCGCGGCCGCUCCUUCGCCGAACUGGACCUGCUCUUCGAGCGUGGUGUCAGUGCUCGCAAGUUUGCCACUACCCAGGUUGAUGUCUUUGAUGAGACUAUUGAGGGUCGCGUCAUUGAAAAUUACCGCGCUGAGAAAAAUAACCGCGAGGAACCCAGUUCCCUCGAGAAAAACGGUCCUGCCAUAUGA